UUCACCGCGCACGUAGCAGCGAUGUUUGUUAGUCAGUCUAGCGAAAACCGUACCACCGACAGGACGCCAAUCUUUGCCACUGCACAGUUACGCACACGCAGAAGCUUCGGUACAAGCGCCCAUAUCUACCCGUGUGCCCGCGCUAUCUGUCCCUGCAUGAGGGUUUGUUUGCAUCACGUAUCACAGUGAGCAGCACAGUGCAACUUAUUUGCUGCCAAGGCAACCGAAACAAAACAGUUCAGUGAGUGAGUGAGUUUAAAAUAAGCGUGUGGUGCAUUUAAAACAGGGGCAAAGGAAACCCCCUACCCAUGCUCCAUGUGCGUUGGAAGUGUUGUGAGCUGCAGUAGAAACUCAACAAGGCAUAUUUAAACGCACACACAAACACCUAUUCGAGUGCAGUGUAGUGCUAGUACUAUCGCGAAUUUUUCCUACCAAACUUUUGAAACCGGGUCUGCAGUACACACCGUCGUCACCUACGAACCAUGUACCCGUACUACGAAACCGACUGGAGCAUACUGCCGCCGGAACACAAUCGAAGAUACAGUCCCGGCUUGACGAUCAACAACAUCAAACAGGUGAUCAAUGAAACGAUCGAAACCAAUAUUUUGCGGAAACCGGCCCCCACGCGGCUGCGAGAGUUGAUCCGACAGAUCCGUGCCUGCCGGACGGCGGCCGAGGAGCGUGCCGUGGUCAACACAGAAUGUGCCUACAUCCGAAGUACCUUCCGCGAGACGGACUGCAUCUGGAAGUGUCGCAACAUGGCGAAGCUGCUGUACAUCCACAUGCUCGGCUAUCCGGCCCACUUUGGCCAGGUGGAGUGCCUGAAGCUGGCCGCCAGCGCCAAGUACACGGACAAGCGGAUAGGCUACCUCGGCGCGAUGCUGCUGCUCGACGAGCGCACCGAUGUGCACGUGCUGCUUACCAACUGCCUUAAAAACGAUCUCAACAGCCCCACACAGUUCGUCGUCGGCACGGCACUGUGCACGCUGGCCGCCAUCGCGUCGCCCGAGAUGGCCCGCGACCUGUGCAACGACGUCGAGCGGCUGAUCGUGUCGACCAACGCGUUCCUGCGCAAGAAAGCGAUCCUCUGUGCCUUCCGGUUUGUGCGCCGCGUCCCCGAGCUGAUGGAGGACUAUCUGCCCAAGUGUGAGGUGUUUCUGGCGGACAAGAACCACGGCAUCCUGAUCGCCACCAUCACGCUAAUUACCGAGAUGUGCGAACAGAGUGGACCAGUGCUGCGGUACUUCAAGUCGAUCAUACCGACGCUGGUGCGCAUGCUGAAAUCGCUCACCGUUACCGGCUACUCGCCCGAACAUCUGGUAAGCGGUGUGAGCGAUCCGUUCCUGCAGGUCAAGAUACUGCGGCUGCUGCGGGUGCUCGGGCACGGCGAUGCCACGCAGUCCGAGAUCAUGAACGAUGUGCUGGCCCAGGUCGCGACCAGUACGGAGACGAGCAAGAACGCUGGCAACGCGAUCCUGUACGAAACGGUGCUGACGAUCAUGAACGUCGAGUCGGAGAACAGUUUGCGCGUGCUGGCGGUUAACAUACUGGGGCGGUUUCUGCUAAACAACGACAAAAACAUCCGGUUCAUUGGGCUGCUCACGCUGGUCAAGACGGUGCACAAGGACAUGACGGCGGUGCAGCGCCACCGCAUUACGAUCCUCGAGUGCCUUUCGGACGGCGAUCCGUCGAUACAGCGGUGCGCGAUGGAGCUGUCAUUUACGCUCAUCAACACGCAGAACAUCGAGAUGGUGGUGCGGGAGCUGCUGCGGUACCUCGAGUCGACGGACGCGGAGAUGAAGGCGCUCUGCAGCAGCAAGAUUGUGCUGGCGGCGGAGACGUACUCGCCCUCGAUCCGCUGGCAUUUGGAUGUGCUGCUGAGGAUUCUUACCAUUGCUGGCAAUAACAUCCGAGACGAUGUGAUCUCGUCCACCAUACAGCUCAUCUCGAACAGUCCCCAACACGAGCAGCGUUUCAUCACGGACAAGAUGUGGGAAGCGAUCAUGAACAUGAACCAGCUCGAGAAUCGGCAGCCGCUGGUGCAGGUUGCUGUAUGGACGAUCGGGGAGUACGGAGAAUCGGGCGGGUUCGAUGAGUUUGAAUUAAUUGAACACUAUCGGCAACUGUUGUGGGCACCGCAGCUUUCAAUCACCACCAAGCAGUACAUUCUCGUGUCGUUGGCCAAAAUCAGCGUACGAAUCGAUGGCUGCACACCCGAAAUUCAAAACAUUAUCAAUGCGUUCCGAGUGCACAUGAACAUCGAUUUGCAGCAGCGGGCGAACGAGUUUUCGCAACUAUUCACCAACUACAAACACCUGCGGACCUCGCUGCUCGAGAAGAUGCCAAAGCUGAAGCUAUCGGAGCUGACCACCUCCGAGUACAAUGCUGACUUUGAGUCCGGCGAAUCGUCCGAGGUGGAACAGCAGCAACAGGAAGAGCCAGUGCCAGCUCCAGAACCAUCGAACCAAGACAUCUUGCUCGAUCUUCUGGGCGAUUGCUUUAGCAGCGACGGAAACGGCAACAAUGCACUCGCCGUCGUGCCCGUUGCGCAGCCAGCCGCACCGCAAUCCUAUCUACAAACGAGCUUUAAUCAAACCGGCCUGUCCACGAUGAACAACUACAACAAUAACGGUCCGAUGGCACCCGGCACCGACAGUUUCCUCGAUCUGCUUGGUCUUGCCGCAGCGAACCAAACGCAACCGUCACAGCAGCAGACAAUCGACUACACACCGGCAACGGCAGCAAUACCAGCGAUCGAAGUUUACCACAAGGACGACAUACACAUCCGCUUUCUCGUGCACCCGCAGCAAACGACGGUCCACGAUCGGGAGGCACCAUCAACGACCCCGGCCCGCAUCACCGUUCAAACGACCAACGGAUCACAGGCGACGAUCGAAAAGUUCCUGUUCCAGGCAGCCGUACCGAAAGCGUUCGUGCUGACGCUCCGUGAACCGUCCGGCACGGUAAUGCCACCGGGCGGUACGAUCAUGCAGGAUCUGCUGAUUGCGCGGCAAACGGGCCAAAGUGGCGGUGCUGCUGGUGGGUUGCGCAUGAAGGUUCGCUUUUCGUACGAGGUCGAAAACUACUCCAUGAUGGAACAGAUCGAUGUGAACGAGUUUCCCAGCGGGUUUCUACGCUAGCAGCCGGUGAAAGGGUAGAAAGAAAUGUAGAAGCGCGUGGAAAGUUUAACCUGAUUGCCUGCAAGGAUCGCCUUUAGUACUUAAGCAUCGGAAGACACAUAAUCGAAACAGUAGCAAGCAAGAGCAAGACAACUGAACACUGUAAUAAAUUCCUCUAUCUACUAGAAAGAACAAAUAAUGGUACAAACGGAAGCAGGGUUGUUACUACUAUUUGAUAGCGAAACCAAUCGUUCAUUUGUACAGCUUGAUAGUGCGUACGACGUCGAUGGCAUAAAUCUGAACGAACGCAGAUAAACCAUGAGAAGGAUUUUCCCUCUUCCGUUCCUUAAUUGUGUACUGUCCUGUAUCCCGCUUCUUUACCACUUUAUACAGGGCUGGGAUUCGUACGACAGUAAAUAUGUGAUCAGAGUGUAUUUUAUCAGAAAAACAUCACCCACCUAACUACCUAAUUGUGAAUGUGUGUUAAAGUGGACCAACCGUUGGACCAACGACUAUCGGAGCACCGCAAGCGUAGUCAAGAGUAGUAAUACAUAUACCCAGAACACUUUCAUCAACACACAUCGAAAAUCUUGUUAAAAAGUUCAUCGCAUACUUGGAUUGGAUUGGAGGCCUAGAAGAAGAUAUCCUUUUACGCACAUCUUUCCUGGUUCGGUGUGGCGAAAAGUGACCGGAUAUAUCAUACGAGUAAAUGACUGAAAAGCUCAAUUACAUUUUCUAUCACAAUACAAUAAAAAAUACACAUUUAACGAACAAAUACGACAAAAAGUAUUUGUCUGGUACUGUUCGCACUCUUCAUCUACAAUCAACUUUAAGAUGUGAUUUUAAACUGGAAAUUAACUUAAAAGAAUGCCGUAUAUCAAUAGAGGAAGGCAGGAAACAAACACCUGGCAUAAAGCUAAUAGAAAAAUAAUGUUCUACAAUCUUAAGAAUAGAGCAAGAAACGAUAGGAAUGUACAGUCAACGAUGCUUUUAAAAAACCGAGGGAUAGUGUGAACAGUCGUACCAAAUCGUUCGAAUGUAUGUGAAGCAAGGUUUUAGAAAACGAGCAACUUUUUCACCGUUUUGUUUUACGUUUUGUUUUCUUUUAUAGAUGAUCUAUGAAUAAUAAAAAUGUGUUAAGAAAACCA